AAACAUCUGUCAUGUCGUAUAUAUUUAUCCGCUGGCCACUGUCGCGAUAGUAGGCGGAGUUUAUAAUUAUUAAAUUUUUUAGUUCUAACAAUGUUCUCGUUCCACUUUUCGAUAAAAUUCUUUGAUAUAUAAUUUCCGCGUUUUGUGUUGUGAUCGUUACGUCUACGGUGAAGUGAAACAAAGGCUGUGCUAAUCGUUGAUAGUUUCGUAUGAUGUCACAACUAUAUCGCGUGAAUCCUUGAAAAUAUGAGUGUUAGUGUCGAAGCGAACGCGUCCAGCCCUUUAUCGGAGGGUCAGAGCGCGGGGCUGGACCACACGGGGUCGAAGUCAUCAUCGGACAGUCCCAGUCUCGAUACGACGACCGAGAAUGGUGAGGCAGGUCAGGGCGCCGAGAAAUCUGAGCCGAGCACGCCCAAGCCUCACCCCAUGGCCUUCACCAUCGACUUCGGGGCUUCCAAGCCGGUCGACAACCGCAAGCUUGAGGAACUGGCGAAGAAAUCGCAGGCGAGGCAUCAGAGGGUACAGUCCAUGUCAGCUGGCCUGACACGGCCGAGCCCCACGGCUCAGAAGCCUCCCAUGAGCGCUAAGCUGCCUCGGAAAGCCCAAGGAUACAACUCUGAAGGCUACUUCUCCUCGGACCAAGAAGACAGCUGCUUAUCCGGUUCAGUGAAGCUCCGAAGUAGUCCACUAGCCCAAGAUAAAGCCCAAUUCAUCACCAGUCCCGUUACAAACAGACAUAUCAAGUCGCCCAUCCAUGAUAUUCAGCCUAAGAAAAUGUCCAAAAGUCCUAUAGUUGAUAGUAUCAUGUCCAGGAGUGACAACUUCACGUCCCGACAAGGUUUGAAUCUGCCUUUGAAGAGUGCAAACAGUUCCUACUUGAGAGACGUCCAUAGAACGCCAAGUUACGGUACCUUGAACCUAUCUUCUAGUUAUCAGCGGCCAAUGCCAAAUAUAAUAGACCAGAGUCCAGAGGGUGUGUUGUUAACUGAUAUUUCUAGUCCAGAGUUAGAUAUUUUGACUCCUGAUAAUGGUUUGUCAACUCCAGAGAAAAGUCCACUGCGCAAAGUUCGAGCGCAGUCGGAAACUCCAGAUUUGUUUAAAAAAUGUAAUCCUAAGGUUGAGCCUUUGUAUAUUGAUGAUGAGGUUGAUGGGCAGUCUAAUUCGUCUACCGGUACGUACACUAUUGAGGGAGAUAAUUAUACGGAAGAACAGAAAGCUAGAAUGAGUAUAGACAGGACUUUCGGUAGCUCAAUGAAUGAUACUAUUGAGGAAGUCUUCAGGCCAAGUAGUGAAAGAGACCCGGAGAUAGUAUUUGAUUAUCCGAACAGGGUAAUAACAAAAGAACCUAGAAGAGAUUCCUUGAGAAGUCCAAAUCUAAAUGAGACUUUUGAAUUGCCAAAAGUUUCUAAAGACAAAAAUGUCUUAGAAAUCUCAUGUUGCUACGAAUCACCGUCAGAAACCGACUUGGCGGCACAAACUUCCAAACAGAUCAAAUCUACCCGUAGUUACUUAGAGAAAAUCAAGAACAGAGUCCGAACAAUAACAGAGAAGACUUUUCCUAAGUCACCUCCAAAACACAGUGAUGAGGUAGACGUUGGUAGCUUUACCUCGGUCACUACCUCAGGCGUUUUAAGCUCUAAAUAUCCUGCCAAACUAGAAAUCCCUGUCCGUAGACGUUGUAGCUUGACCAAGUCCGAAAUAGACCAAACAGACUACAUACACCGUUUAUCUAGAGAAUCUUCAGUACCAGUAUCAUUGCCAAGCAACAAACCUCUAGAAGCCAAAUUCGAGAGUACUGCCUUGAAAAACGCUCAAAAAGCAUUACGGGAUGACCAAAUGUCUGACCAAGUAGUGGGACUGUCCUACCUAAGCUUAAAUAGGUGUAAGGGUGACAAGACAUGGAUACAGGACUGGGCAGAGAGUGUGAAGAAGUAUAAUAACCACACGUUAGGACGAAAGGAGGACUUGAAUGGGACUUUUACUGUUGACGAUGAGCGGCCGCCUAUCAGCCCGAGACACGUUAAACCCCGCAGCCCGCAUGGCAGCGCGACGAAGAUACCCAGCCCUGUGGGGACGUUACUCCACAGACAGACACCGGAUCUCAUCCCCGUCCAAGACACCGAGACGUAUCUCCUCAAAACGCAAAACGCCAUCACGAAUCUCCAAGCCAAACUCAACUCUCGCCCCUCUAUACCCCCCAUCCUCACCUCCAGCCUCAUCAGCGAGAAAACCGCCAUCUCCCGUCUUCCAGUCUCCCAGCUCAGUCGGUCCAACUCGCUGAAUUACCGUCUAAGAAGAAAAGACACCUCCGGAGAUAGCAGCCCUUUAAGAAGUCCUGGAAACUACAUUAUAACCGGCUCCACAAAAAUCCCGGAAAGCACAAAAAUUUUUCUCAACAGCGCUUCAAGGUCCUUAGACACGGAUAAACGAAAACGCGAUUCUAACAUGAACAGUCCGUCCUCAGAAAGAGGUCUAUUAAGCAACAGUUCCGAUGAUAAAACUAUCUCAAAUCGUCCUCAGUACGACGUCAACGCGAUUUUAUCACCUCAUAGAAAACACAUUAGGAACAAGUCUUUAGAUGCACCUGAUUAUUUCAACACGGACGCCAGCAACGCGAAUCAAGUAAGCCUCAAGACGGUACUGAAGAACAAUGCUGAAGCGUAUCCGAGAAUCGAUACCCGUUACCAGGGAGACAAGAAACAUCAGAGAGUAGCUAGCGAUGGGAAAAAACCUGGUUACACCAACUACGCGCCUUUCGGCUCUUCUAUAAAACGAUCGAGCUCCUUCAACACUGUUAAUAAGAAUAACAACUACUUAGACCCACAGAGGAUUGUUUCUAGAAGAUCGAGCGGACAUUCAGAGGAAUACAAUUACUCUGAUGAAUCUGACAACGGGUCUUACGAGAAGCACGAUAGGUACAAGCGUAAUCGCGGUCGAAUCGAUUCUCCAGAUUUGAAAUCGAUAGCACCAGCGAAUUCGCCUAAAUGCCCGAACACUCCGGAGAUGCAGAGGAAAUUCGGUCAGGGAUUGAUUAGGAACUCGGUUCGGGUGACGAAUAAGGAGCGAAUGAGGGCGUCGGAGCCUCGGGAAGUGCCGAAGACGGCCGGUCAUCAGAGUAGAAGGAUAUCGGAGCCGACGAGACAGGCUGUGCUGAACAGGCUCACGAAGUCUAGGAGUUCUACGAGGGAGUUCCAGCCUAAAGCUCAGGAUAAAGGUCAAAAGAAACCAAGCCAAUACCGCUCAUCAUCAGCUCUCGCCUCCAAAGAGGCAGAGUUUAACAACUGGAAGAAACGGUCGUCAUACGACCCCAUGAAAGCGGCUCAGGAGGGAAGGAGAAAGCAGAUGGCGAAACGCCAGGAGUGUAACAAGGACGAUCUUAGUUCUCCCAGCCAUUCAUCACCAGUCCACCGCUCACAAUCCUUCCAUACUACCAACAUAGCGGAUUUAGAAACCCUUGACUACUCAUCUGAGGAAGAGGACCCUAUGACGCUACCCAUAGACCCUAUGAUUACCUCCACACAUUCUGACAUCUUGGAUCUUAGGCCGAAGAAUAUCGUGAUUUGAGAAGACAAGCGGUCAAUAAUGAUGUGGUGAUGACGAGGGACUAUGUUACUAACUUCCAGGUCAACCAACCCGCAGAAAAACUCAAACGCAGCGUACACACAGACAAACGGAAAACCUUCAUCCUAGACGACAUAACGCCGACCAAAGAGAACAUAGACUUCCUCUCUAAAGCCGAAGCCAUAGACAAGAGAAAAACU